GGCGCUGACCAUGCUGGGCAUGGGGCUCACCAUGCGGCUGUCUGACUUCGGCGCCGUGUUCCGCGCCAUGCCGGGUCUGCUGCUGCUGGGCAUGGUGCUGCAGUACAGCGUCAUGCCGGGGCUGGGCUGGCUGAUAUCCAGGCACGCUGGCCUGUCCGCACCCCUGGCAGUGGGCAUUGCAGUGCUGUCCGCCUGCCCCGGGGGCACCGCCUCCAACAUCGUGGCGUUCCUGGCUCGCGGCGAGAUGGCGCUGUCCAUCCUCAUGACCGCCUCCUCCACCCUGGCAGCCGUGGUGGCCACCCCCGCCAUCACCGCAGCACUGGCGGGCACCCUGGUGCCGGUGGAUGCGCGGGGGCUGCUGCUGUCCACACUGCAGGUGGUGCUGCUGCCC